AUGAGGCUGCCGGCCAGCGGAGCAGGUGGCCACCAACCGGGCCAUGAUAUCUGGGUGACGGUGGAGAGCAUUUCCCUUUGUUUCGUCCUCUGCUUGGUCCUUGUCACACUGAUCUUCAGGGGCACCAGGCUUUGUCGAGACAUCAGCGCUAAAGGCGAUGCUGGCCGGGCUGCGUUUGUUUUGACUGUCGCCGGGCUGACAGCAUGGCGUGUCACAAUGAAUGUGCGCACAGUCCUGAACGUUGACAGCAUCGGCCGCAAGGUCUUCUACGGGAACCUUUUGCCGGCCUAUGCGCAGUUAGCUGAUGCCGGCUUGCGGCCGGCAGUUGGAGCCCUGAGCUUGCUGCCUCUUUUUUCCAGUGCCAGGAAGUCGCUGCUGCAGGUAGUUGCCCUUGCAGGAUGCAUGUUUGUGUUUUUUUUAUCGGCGGGCGCGUUGGAGUUCAAUGCGUUUGCUCCGAAGGACGAGGAGCUCACGCACUACAGCACGGCAUUAAACGGUGGCUCGCUGGUGCCUGCGUGCUGGCUCAACCGUGCCUUCCUCACUGUGCUCACACGGUUCAAGCUUGAGAGAUUGGGGUGGCGGCUCACGGGGUCGGGCGCCUGUGCGGGCUGGAUCCUUUGGGUUUUUCUCCGAACCCACAGGAACCUUGCCAGGGCGCCAAAAAAUCUUCACACAGGGCUAACGGGAAGAUUACUUAGCGAAUAUGCAGAGGCGUAUUCGACGGUUGGGGGAUUCCUGCUGACCCCCAUGGGCACGUUGCUGUUUUGGGCCUUGCUGGGCGUCGUCACAGCUGUGAACGCUUCAGUGCUCCUCUACGAGGCCGUGAUGAAAAAGAAGCUGCUGCAGGAGAAGGGGAUAAGCAUCAAGGAGGAGGCCGAAGACAUCGAAAAACUGAAGACGAAGAACGCUGAAGACUUGACAGAUGCUGAGAAAACGAAGAUAGACAUGGAAGCAGCCAGAGAAGCAGCCAGAAAGAAAGAUGCGGAGUUGCGUCAACAGGCUUCUUGGAGUGUCAAUAUGCUCUUCUUCGGCGCAGCUGUGACCAUCGCUGAUGUGAUCUACAUGGCUACAUUGGAGCAGUUUGCCACGGAGAUUGGCCAAAGGAUGCCACCAGCUGUGUUCCUGACAGUGGACAACAUGCUGGUUCUCACAAGUCUCCUGGUCAUUGGUGGCCUUUUGGGCGAAACUAACGCAUUGGAGGAGCUGGAGGUCUUGAAAGAGAUGCAGCACAUGGGCAGAAGCCAUGGGCAACGGAUUGCCUUCCCCGGGAAGGUCAACCCCAAGUCAAAGCAUUGCAUUGUGAGCUUUCCCGGCAAGUAUGCACCUGAGUGGGAUGCUGCCGUGCGCAUGGUGGAAGUGCGGGCCGGCACAUGCAGCCUAGCUUGUGUUUUCUUGACAGAUCGCGAGAAUGGGUUGGGGCUCCACAAGGACAAUCCCGAGCAACCGGGUCAGUGCUGGUGCAAGGCGCUGUACCCCCCCGGCCAGUUUUCGCCAGCAAACUACAUGAUGAUCGUGGAAGAUCCAACGGCCUUGAGCGCCGAAGACCUUCGUUUCAAAGAGACAGAUGCUAAGGCGAUGGGUCAGAUCUUUUUGAAGAGAGAGGCCGGGCAAGAUGACGUGCAGUGGGCAGAGGAGAAAGGAAAAGCAGAGGCCGCCGCACAGAAGAAAUGUAAAGAGAACGGCGGCUGUGCCCCUUGGGGGUGCCAAUGGUUCCACGAAUGGAAACAGAACGUGGACAAGGCGGCUUUGCUUGGACAAACUCUGCAUGUAUUUUACUUCAAUGGCCGUGUAGGCCGUGGGAAGCUAUCAUGGGAGGAACUCUCAAACGAAACUGCUGUCAAGGAAGCUCGCCGUUACGGUGGUCUUGGCGCAUCCCAAACAGCUGAGGUAGCCUACCUGGAGCGGUGUAGUUACAGCUACGAAGAGCACGAUACUAUCGAGUUUUAUAAGUUCAUGGCAUCGCCUACGGAAGCCUUGAAUCAAAAGCCCGGCAUCAAUGGGGAUGUGCUUCCCUAA